GAAACAUUUACUAUAAGGGUGUAGAAACCUCUCUCUAGUAGACGUGUUUUUAAAUACCGUAAGACUGACGACAAUAUGUUAUGGGCAAAACGGAACGGAUCAUAUCUGCUUGCGAUGAGUUUAGGCUUUUACAAAUGGUGUAAGAGUCAUACACUAGACGUGGACUUGAGCGGCUAAAAAUGGUAUUGGAACCAAACACUAGACAUGUGUUUGGGCCGUUACAAAUGGUAUGACACUGGACAGAGUAGAGACAGACAUUGGACGUGGGUUUGGGUUGUUACAAAUGGUUUGACACUGAACGGUGUAGAGCCAUACACUGGAUGUGGGCUUGGGUGGUUACAAAUAAUAGAGCUAGACAGUGGACGUGGGCUUGGGCUGUUACAAAUGAUUUGACACUAAACGAUGUAGAGAUAGACACUAGAUGUUGGUUUGGGUUGUUACAAAUAGUUUGAUACCCGAAGGUGUAGAGCUAUACAGUGGAUAUGGGCUUAGGCGGUAACAAAUAAUAGGGCUAGACACUGGACGUGGGCUUGAGCUGUUACGAAUGAUUUGACACUGGACAGUGUACAAGCACACAUUGAAUGUGGGUUUGGGCUGUUACAAAUGAUAUGAUACUGAACGGUGUAGAGGCAGACAUUGGAUGUGGGUUUGGGUUGUUACAAAUAGUUUGAUAUUGGACGGUGUAGAGCUAUGCAGUGCAUGUGGGCUUAGGCGGUAACAAAUAAUAGGGCUAGACACUGGACGUGAGCUUGAGCUGCUACGAAUGAUUUGACACUGGACGGUGUACAAGCAGACAUUGAAUGUGGGUUUGAGCUGUUACAAAUGGUAUAAGAGCCCGACACUGGAUGGUGUAGACCCGGGACUAUUUAUUUAAAAAUGUGGAAGGAAAAUGAAAAGAAGCAUUAAAAAUCAUAACUUUGGGGUAUGUGGAUGUCUUUUUGGUGGAGGAAUGCUUGUCACCUACUCAUUUCUCUCCACUUUUCAACUCCCUCAAUCCCUUCCUUCACUUCUCCACCUUCCUAGACAGAGAAAAAAACAGAGCUUUUUCUUCUUCUUCUUCUUCUUCUUCCUCCUCUGUUUCUGUAACAGAGCAACAAUGGCGGAGAGCCAUAAAUGCAAGCUCUGCUCUCGAAGCUUCGUCAAUGGCAGAGCAUUAGGCGGCCAUAUGAAAGCCCAUUUAGCCACUUUCUCCAUUGAACAUGAAAAUCCCAUCAAAACCCUCAGAUCACCAGAUCAAGAAAUGCUCUGGAUCUCCACCGCCCAAGACAGAGAGAGCGAAACCGAGUCAAAGAAUCCAACUCGGCGGCGCUCUAAACGAACUCGGAGAUUCAAGUCCGAGUCACCGCCGUCGUCGGAGCCUGCGAGUUCCAUCUCCGACACCUCGCCGGAGGAAGACGUCGCCAUCUGUCUCGUAAUGCUCUCGAUGGAACAGGGGAAGGAACAGAGUCGGACGCCGGUGACGGUGGGGAAAAGUUUCCGAUGUGGGAAAUGCCGGAAAUCUUUCCGAUCGAACAGGGCACUGUUUGGGCACAGAAAAGUUUGCAGAAAUGAAGGGGAAGAAGAUGGGAUUAAUGGAGGUGAGUGGAAGAUCUUUAAAUGUUGUUAUUGUUGUAAAGUGUUUGGGUCUGGACAAGCUUUAGGGGGACAUAAAAGAUCCCAUUUACAGGGUUCGAUCAGAGCCGCCAUUGAUGGGAGUUCUAGGAAGCUUGAGAUCGGUUUGGAUCUCAAUUUGCCAGCUCCACUGGAAGAAGAUGAUUACAGUGUAGUUUCUUUUGUAUGAUCAUUUAUAAUAUUUUUCUUUUAAAAAUACUAUUUGAUUCAUACGAGAUAUUUUGUUCUUUUAUUUUCAACAUUUGUUUAGUUCAAUCUCUAUUUUCAUCCUGCUUGUAAUAUUCUUGUUCAAAAGAUUUAUUGAAUGUGUUU